AUGGAGGCCACGGGGGGCAGGGAUGGCGUCCAGGAGCAGACCAAUAGCAUCAGCUACAGCUCCUCAUCAGGUACCAUAGUCUCAACUCAGACUACCUACACAUCCCGCGGUUCUCGCCUGUCCUCUUUCUCCAUAGAGGCGGUCAUGCACCUCGACUUGGAGGAAUCCGACUACUACGACAGGGAAGAAGAAGGAGCAGAGAAGGGGGUGCGCAUCAGAAUAUUACUCCAGGAAUUCUUGGGUGCGCCGCCGCCGUCGGCGAACUGCAGCAGCAUCAAAGGCGGCGGCGUCCUAGACCUAGAGAGGUGGUUCACCGAGCUGAGCGUCGCCUGGGUUCUCCACCUGAACCUCGCUGACGGUGGCGGUGCAUCUGCUGGAAUACUCGAGCAUACUACUACUACUUCUAAAGCACGGAGCUGGAUCCGGGCUCUCGCUGAGAUCACGGAAACCAUCCGCUUCACGGCAUCGCUCUUUCCGGAUCAUCCUUCCCAGGGGCUGUCCAGUAUUUUUGAGGAUGAAGAAGAAGAACCUGAGGCUAAUGGGCAUUGUUUUCCGGAUCAAUUCAACGAUAUUGGACGAUCUAUCCAGCAAGAACCUGAGGCUGAGUAUUAUUUUCCGGAUCAAUUCAAUGAUAUUGAACCAUUUAUCCAAGAAGCCAUGUCGAAAAUGCUUUCUUUUGUUGACAUCAUAGUUGCUCUGGAUCCUAAUAACACUACCACUUGUGAAUCUUUUGUUGACAAUGGGAAUGGGGUGCCGCCACUAUACAACAGGAUCAACAUACUGCUGAGUGUGCACAAUGCUCUGUCCAAGGCCUUGUCCAAAGUCCGGCUGGUAUUCCAUUCGCCACCCUCUCAACAGGUUGAAAGGAUGACGGGUGAGAUUGUCAGCCUCUUGUCAGCAAAGAACCGCAAGGCGGGUGACGCCAUAUGGAGCACAAUGGAGCAAAUUAGGAUGGAGUCCAUGGAGGACGGCGACAAUUCAUCAACUUCUUCUCAAGAUCCACAAGCAGGAUCAUCGGACAUUCACACGGCCACUCGGUCUGUAAUGGGGUACAUAAUGUUCCUACGGUCUCGUUACUCGUCAAUGGUUCCAAUUGUAUCUCAAGCAUCUAGACUUGGUAAGUAUGUGCCUCAGAGUAGACAAGUGCCUCCUUUAAUCAGCCUGGUUAUUGAGAUGGUUUCUUCUGUACAAGAAAAGCUUGCUAACAAGUCCGAAUCAUUUCAAGAUCAAGCCCUCAGAUUUUUAUUCUUGCUUAACAACGCAAACAUGAUAUGGAAGUACCUCAUCGACUAUCCUUUCCCUUCUCACCAAGUCCACGUGACAGUCCUCGCUGGCAAAGUUGAGAGCUAUAUGCAGAGCUAUCUACAGUUAUAA